GUAAUGUGUUACAGUCAGCAUUUUGGUAUGGACUCAUUGUCCAUUUCAGGAUUUAUCCUAUAAUUUACUCUAUUCCUAUAAUCCUGGUUCUUGAUCCAAACUUCUUCCCAUCUGAUCAGAAACCUGUCCUAAGGAACUGGAAUGCUGUUCAGGGAGAGAGACCCAAAGAUGGGAAUGGCUGGCAUAAUUUACACAAUUUAUUUAGAAACAUAUUCACAAGGAACAGGUUGCUAUUUGGACUGGUCUCAGGAUUGGUUUUCCUCCUUUGUACCGGUCUUUUCUUCUGUUUGUAUGAAUGGGAAUUCCUACAUGAGGCGCUGUUGUACCAUCUUACUCGAACAGAUCCAAGGCAUAACUUCUCCAUCUAUUUCUAUCACAUAUAUCUUCAUUAUGGGCAUGAUACUUCAGUGAUGGAAAAGCUUAUCUCCUUUUUGCCCCAGUUUUUGGUUCAGCUGGUUCUUAUCUUCUAUUUUGCACAGGAUUUUCCAUUUUGCUUUUUUGUGCAGACUGUGGCAUUUGUGGCAUUCAAUAAGGUAAUUACAGCACAGUAUUUUGUUUGGUUUUUUUGCUUGUUGCCUCUUAUACUUCCUUGGAGUAAAAUGAAACUCAGAUGGGAAGGAUUAUCUUGCAUUCUUUUGUGGAUUGGGGCUCAGACCCAUUGGUUGAUGUGGGGAUACCUGCUUGAGUUCAAGGGUAAAAAUGUCUUCUUACAGCUUUGGGUGGCAGGCUUACUGUUUUUGGCCGCCAACAUAUUCGUCAUUGUCAUGAUUAUUCAUCACCAUAAAUAUGCUUCAGUUUUCAAAGCUUCAGAUGCUAACUCCAAGAAUGUAGCUAAGCUUAAGUGAGUGACCCUAACUCUUGGUGAAUGAUUUUCAAUUUUUAUACUUAUGCUCAUUAUCUACUGUCCUACCGUGCUUCUAUUUUGGGAGGUUAACAGUGCAAGUUCAUGAAUGCAGUAGAAUUUGAGAACCAAAAAUCAUGUCAAAAUUCGUGGAUCCUUACA